AUGGCGAACCUCUACGCCCCUGAGGCUGACAGAGUGGUGUCGAGAGCCUUCUGCGAUGAGGGUAAUGGUGCCAGAAUCUUCUUCAACAUCUCCUCCCUCAGCAGGGCUGGGUCAAGACCUGAGUCCGAAAUCGAAAUUCAUUUGGAAGGGUCAACUUAUGACUUCCUCCUCACUGACACUUGGAAUCUACAAGGGAAGAGUUUGAAAGCUGUUUCGGGUUGGCUACAAGUUGUUGAUCCGGGCAUUGAGUUUUUGGCACUUCAAGAGGUUGGUGGUACGAAAACCCUGCCCCUUGUCUCGAACGAGAGUAGUGCCACUCCUUUGGGAUCCCUUUCAGAGUACCAGUUCUUUGAUGAUGAUGAGCUUGCAGACUAUCGUGUCUUCGGGAGCUCGGAAUUGCAGUCCCAUCUGGCACAGGUGAUCUUGCUGCCUCAGGAUUCCAUAGACUUCGUCCGUGGAACCCAUAAAGGAGAGCGAGUGAUAGGUGUCCACUAUGAGGCCUCUUCCUCCUGUUCCCCUCGAUGGUUGUUCUCAGUCCAUAUGCCACAUAAUGAUAAUUCCGAAGAGAUGUAUGCAGCAAGUGUUGCCGAGUUGGCUACUUUAUGCCACCAGCACCGGGAUGAGCAGACAAUCUUUGUGGGAGACUUCAACUCGGAGCAGGGGUUCCUGGUGCGGUGGUUGUCAAAGUUCACCCCGAUUCCCGACAUGAGCUCUGCAGUGCCCCUGCAGCAGCAGGCUGCAGUGCGUGAGGCUGUUGACUCUCUCCAGCUGGCAACGGGUGAGUUUGCUGUUGUUCAUUUCUCCCACGACGAGAUCAGUGCUGCCAUAGCUGCCCUCAAAACAGGCUACGGAGCGAGUGGCCCCAACCUCCCGGACAGUUUGGCGCCCUGCAAGGGGGACAAGUCAUGGACGCACUUUGUGCUGCACACUGGCGAUAUCGCUAGCGCUUUUGAUUCCCUGCACCACAGUGAGAUUGCUGACUUCAUCCAGCGAUACACCCCGGCGAGGCUCUCCAGGGAGGGGCACAGAUCCAGCAUUGGUUCUUGGGGCUGGCUUUUUGUAGACGAUAUGCUAUUGCAAUUUGGCAGUUGGGCUUCGAGCAUUGAGCUUCUCCCUCGGAUUGUCGCAGCGCUCGCGAAGGCUGGCCUUCGACUAAGUCUUCAAAAGACUGAGUUGAUGGCGCACCCUGACACGCUCCGACUCGGACGGGAGAUACCGAUACCAGAUGACCACAUCCUCACCCAGAUCCCCUGGACAUCGCAAACCAAGUACCUCCGCAAGCCGUUCAGGCAUGUGGAUGUAGGAGAAAACUUGUACAUGCUCUUUCGUCCGACAAUACGCCGUGCAGUGCACCAGGGACUCUCGAGCCUGCAGCCCGUGCUCAAAGGUCUCACCUGGAACCAGCCUUCACUGGCGCUCAGCCUCUGCAACAAGUAUAUUGGUGCUAAAUGGCUAUGGUUGGCUCCAGUGCUUUCCAUCAACCAAAGCAGCCUGCAGGACAUUCAGGUGCUCCAGGUUACGGUCCUAGUGUGUCUCCUCAAGCUCUAUCUUCCAGUGCAUCUCAAACAUGCAACCGCCAUGUCGUUGCAUAGGAUACGUAGACGUGCUACCAUGGUUUUCUUGAGUGCUAACCCAGCUGGAUCCUGGACCUUCAUGACAAGGCAGCGUACCUGGGGUUACAUGGGCCACUUGCUCCGCAAACCGGUUGAGCACCUGACUCGCCAAGCGCUUGUAGACACGGCCUCUGCGCAGAGGCCGCAGGGAGGGCUGGCGAAUACACCAGGCAAGUGGCUCACGAAGACUGCCAGUGCUGUCUUUAUGGAGACUUUGGGUUUAGAUUCGGUGGUUGCCAGGGCGGCUCAGCGGGAGGACUGGUGUGCUAAGGGUCGUUCGCACUUCAUGACGCUGUCACACGUCGAGUCCCAUAGUCGCCUGGGAUCUGGGGUCUGGGGUCGAUGGCAGGAUGCUUUGCUACAGCAUGUUCCGUGGAUGUUCAGCAUGGUCCUCUUGUGUGGUGCAGAAGGGUACCAAGCCCACUGGAUCGAUGAAACCCAUGGCAUGCAGGGAUGGCAGCUUGACAGUGAGAUCUCCGUAGCGUUGAGGUCCUUCCUCCUCCAUGUCAGGAUGUUGUACGAGAACUGGGUCUUCCUGCUCAAUAUCCCUCAUGGGGUUUGGGAUGCCAUCUGCAGUGAACUUCAUGCCAUGUCUGCGGAAUUCAGCGUUGCAACUCAAUGUGUGGUUCUCUUUGUGACAUUUACCUGA